CGUUGACGGGCGUGCAAAGAGAGAUUAACGAAAUACCUCAUCUCCACUGCAUUAACGGCCUCCACUCAUCUCUGCGGUUGCUUCCACUCGCUCCGCCAGGAAUGGCUUCUGUUCCACACGGCAAUGCGACUUGCCGCAUUUUAUUAGAAAAAACAGCGAUUCCCUAUGCGGGAAUUUCUGCUUUGCCCUACUUGCAUCCCGGAAGAACAGCGUCUAGAUGUUUCAGGAGAGGAACAAUAAUUUCUCGAUGCUUGUAUGGAAAGAAGUUUUUUUCUUCAUCAGAAAAGAGCUUUAGUGGGAAUUUUAUGAAGAAUGAGGGCUUCUUUGUCCCCAGAAGUGGCAGUUCUUUAAAUUGUAGUGGAAGUGAUGAUGCCCCAUCUAAUCAGACAGAGAAGACACCAUUUGGAUAUACGAGAAAGGAUGUUCUAUUAAUUGGGCUUGGAGUUACUGUCCUAGGCAUUGGCUUAAAAAGUGGAUUAGAGUUUGUAGGAGUGGAUCCACUGCAAGCUGGGAAUGUGGUUCAGUUGGUACUGGUUUUGGGACUCACAGUUGGAUGGAUCUCAACAUAUAUCUUUAGAGUUUCAAACAAGGAGAUGACAUACGCUCAACAAUUACGGGACUAUGAAUACAAAGUGAUGGAGAAAAGAUUAGAGGGCCUAACAGAAGCAGAGCUAGAAGCACUACUUGAACAAGUUGAGGAAGAGAAGAGACGCAGCGCUGGUGGAGAACAGGUGAAUCGAAGUAACUAGUCUGUAUAUAUAAAGUAAACUUUUACCGCAGAAAUUGGGGCUGUAAUUUUAAGCUGUAUGGACAACCUAGUUCAGAUGGAUUUUGGUUAUGCCUGCUUCACAUACCCACAGACAUGAAAAAUGGAUUAACUUUCGAAAUCCAUUGUAAGAAAUUCCCAUACGUAAGAAAUCCUGAAAGUUAUGAAGGAUUAUAUUGCUUUACAUUGCA